GCGCAGACACAUGCUACCUAUAGCUGGCAGGAGCUGAGACUCCUGACUGAUCCCAGGCCUGCUCACUACAUGCAGGCGGACGUGCGUCGCAUAGACUAGACGCUGCACACACCGACACAGACCCGUAGCCUACUGAAGCUUCCACCUCGGUGAGCUUCGACCUCCGCUCAGCUGUGUGCUAUUUGCAGUCUCCGUGUGACAGCUAUAAUUCGGCGUCCUUUUGACGAGGCUGUGGAUACGUAAGUGUUGCGCCAUGCUGCCGCACAGCUGCUUUUUCUAAUUCCUCAAGACGGGAACGGGAGACCUCCGCCAUCGGUGAAAAUUGAGAUGUGUUCUCUGAGCCGCUCGUCUGAACGGAUGCUCUCCGAAAUGGUGUCUGAAGCUAACCCUGGUCGCCUCUGUCCAGCAGAGAUCAGAAGCAUGGAGAGGUCUGCUUCUGACGCGCUUUGAGAUGAAGGAUAAGAAGAAAAAAAGAGACGUGAAAUGAUUUUUCUUUUUGUUUGUUUUGUUUGGUUCUGUUUUGUUUAUGAUGGGGAUUAAUGCGCAUCCAGAUGGGAUUUAUUCCUGAGUAGUUUUCAGCUGAAGGGGGCGGCGGAUCGUGUUGAUUUUGUUCUAAAUUCAGACCUGGAAGAGAGAGGGGGGGGGAAAGGAUACCGCUGCUGCUCGUCGGUGAAUUGAUGUGGGAAUACGCGCUACCUGGGCUGCAUAGAUGGCAAACACAAGCGAGUUAGGAGAGAGCAGCCCGUCCUUACAGAACUAUGCGUCCACGGCCUCUGCGGUCAAGCUGGCCUCGCUGGGUCUGAUCAUGGGCAUCAGUCUGGUGGGCAACGCGUCGCUGUCGCUGCUGCUGCUGAAGGACAGCUCGCUGCAUAAGGCGCCCUACUAUUUCCUGCUGGAUCUGUGCCUGGCGGACGUGGUGCGCUCUGCCGUCUGCUUCCCCUUCGUGAUGGCAUCGAUCGGCGGCGGCUCCGCCUGGCCGUACAGCCCCCUGAGCUGCAAGAUCGUCGCCUUCAUGUCGGUGCUUUUCUGCUUCCACGUCGCCUUCCUACUCUUCUGCGUCAGCGUCACCCGGUACAUGGCGAUCGCCCACCACAGGUUCUACUCGAAGCGGAUGAAUCUGUGUACGUGCGUGGCGGUGAUCUGCAUGGUGUGGACUCUCUCCGUGGCGAUGGCUUUUCCUCCGGUUUUCGACGUGGGCACCUACAAGUUUAUCCGUGAGGAGGAGCAGUGCAUCUUCGAGCACCGCUACGUGAAGGCGAACGACACCCUGGGCUUCAUGCUGAUGCUGGCCGUCAUCGUGGGGACGACUCAUGUGGUUUACAUAAAGAUGCUGUGCUUCGUUUACGACCACCGCAAAAUGAAGCCGGCUCAGCUGGUGCCAGCUAUCAGCCAGAACUGGACUUUCCACGGCCCCGGGGCCACCGGGCAAGCCGCCGCCAACUGGAUCGCCGGCUUCGGCCGCGGACCGACCCCUCCGACGCUGGUGGGGAUCAGACAGGCUUCGCACCCCGGCAACAGGAGACUGCUGGUGCUGGAUGAGUUUAAGAUGGAGAAGCGCAUCGGGAAGAUGUACUACAUGAUUACGCUGACCUUCCUCAUUUUGUGGGCGCCCUACAUAAGCGCCUGUUACCUGAGGAUAUUUGUGCGAGGGGCCCCGGUCCCGCAGCUUUACCUGACGGCUGCUGUGUGGAUGAGCUUCGCCCAGGCGGGAGCGAACCCCAUCAUCAGCUUUCUGUUCAACAAGGAGCUCCGGAUGAGGCUCCGAGCGUGUUUCCCCUGUUGCCUGGGAACGCAGACACCCAUGGAGCCGUACUGUGUCAUCUGAACCGCAGCGGGACCCUCAAAUACUGCCAAAGACACGUUUGUGUAGGAUUUCAGAAUGUACACGGAAUAGUUUACCCACAUUUCUAUCAGUGGCAAAGGGUUUACACACUAUUUUAAUCUGACAGAACUUUACUGAUGGUGUAAAUUCCUGCUACAUUUUGCUUUCUGGACUGAUUUAACUCACAUGAAGCAUAAUAUGUAAUGAUUUAAUUAAAAAGAAAUAGGCUGCAGUGUAUUGGAGGGUUUUUUGCCUCUCUAGCUGGGUAUCAUGGGGAAACCACUCUUCAUUUUUGCCUCUGCAUGUGUUUAGGUGUUAUUCAUUCCAGAGGUAAGACGUAGCACAUGCAACUUACAUGUGCCCUGUUAAAUCCUACCUUUGAUGAAUGACCUUUUUCCAUAUCUCCAUAUUUUACACGAAUGUCAUUUUGCCUAUUUUCUUUGGAUAUUAAAAAAAAAUUGAAAUAUUAUCCCAACAAAUCAAUUUGAUGUUGUGGCCCACUGGAAAACUACAAAAA